AUUUUAUACAUGUACUUGAAGCAUUUGACCACAUUCACACACACCCCUUCCCCCUGCCUGCCCUCUAUGGUCCCACUACCACCCUCAGACAUGACCUGUUUCAAUUUCUGUCAUCUUCUUUUUAGUGGUUUACUGUGGUGUUUCACACAUGCAUCUAUAGUAUUUUAAUCAGAUUGACUCCCCCUCCCUUACUCUCACAUUCAUGUCCCCACCACCCACUGUCAUUGGCCAGCAGUUUCUGCAAGACCUCCUUUGCUCUCGCAGGUUGGGGUCAGACAUACACAGGGCUGGCUCACCUUGCUGAGCAGCGAAACAGAACUGAGCCACACCUGAGUGUGGUAUCAGAAGUGGGCAUAUCCAGAAGGCAGCCUCCCUGCCAAGCUGACCUUCCUUGUGAAUAUAGGGUGUUUCUGUUUGGGGAUCUUCAGGUCAUGACCCUGCAGUCACCCCCAACACCUGCCCCUCUGCCACCACACCCUCAUGCAGGCACAGAGGCAAGUGUAUAGCCUGGUUGACUGGGGUGGGCCCCAGAGGAAAGGACUGCCUGACUCAGAGCUACAGGAAGAACCAGGCAGGCGGGGCAUGAGCAACUAAAUGCCCGCCCCACCAGGGGAAGGGGUGGGUGCCUGGGUGGGGUUUUGGUUUAAGAGAGGAUGUGACUGCAAGGCCAGGAAACUACAGGAAAGUUCUAAAAUAUACCAAUAAAAGCAGGUUCCCACCAAGCUGGGGGUGCUCCCUGGGAAGCCAUAGUAUUGUGGACACUUCCUGGGGGCCAGCUGAGGGGGGCUUGCACCCAAGUGCACACCAGUGACCUCAAUGAUCGACUUCUCCCGGGAGGAAAGAGCCAAGAGCCGGAACCAGGAGUUCCUGGAGCCAGGGGUGGCACAGCACCAGUGUUCCGCCUGUCCUGAAGAGGCCCUGGAUAGAGCUAUGGCAGGUGUCUGUGACAGGGCCCCUGACUUCCUCUCCCCAUCUGAAGACCAAGCCUUGGAACAGGCUAUGGGCAGUGCAGUUGCUCUGAACUGCACAGCUUGGGUUGUCUUGGGACCUCACUGUCCCCAGCCUUCAGUUCACUGGCUGAAAGAUGGGUUUCCAUUACGCAAUGGAAGUCACUACAGCCUCUAUGAGGACUUCCGGGUCAAGGGCAACUUCUCAGAGGUGCUUGUAUCCAGUAUCCUGGGGGUCAACUUGACCAGUGCUGAGGACUAUGGGGCCUUUGUUUGCUCUGUCCAGAACAUCAGCUCCUUCUCCUUCACUCUUUGGAAAGCAGGCCCAGCAGGCCAUGUGGCGGCAGUUUUGGCUUCUCUCCUAGUCCUGCUGGCUCUGCUGCUGCUAGCCAUGCUCUACCUUAAGUGUCGCCUCAACGUGCUGCUUUGGUACCAAGACUCUUAUGGGGAGGUGGAGAUGAACGAUGGAAAGCUCUACGACGCCUACGUUUCCUACAGCGACUGCCCUGAGGACCGCAAGUUCGUCAACUUCAUUUUGAAGCCCCAGCUGGAGCGGCGUCGGGGCUACAAGCUCUUCCUGGACGACCGCGACCUCCUGCCACACGCGGAGCCCUCAGCUGACCUCUUGGUAAACCUGAGCCGCUGCCGACGCCUCAUCGUGGUGCUUUCCGACGCCUUCCUGGGCCGAGCCUGGUGCAGCCACAGCUUCCGGGAAGGCCUGUGCCGCUUGCUGGAGCUGACCCGCAGACCCAUCUUCAUCACCUUCGAGGGCCAGAGGCGCGACCCCGGGCACCCAGCCCUCCGCUUGCUGCGCCAGCACCGCCACCUGGUGACCCUGCUGCUCUGGAAGCCCGGCUCCGUGACGCCUUCCUCUGAUUUCUGGAAAGAGUUGCAGCUUGCACUACCACGGAAAGUGCAGUUCAGGCCGGUGGAGGGAGACCCCCAGACCCAGCUGCAGGAUGACAAGGAUCCCAUGCUGAUCAUGCCAGGCCGUGCUGCUCAGGGCCACACCCUGGAGCAGGACUUGGACCCUGACCCAGAGGGAGACUUGGGUGUCCGCGGACCUGUUUUUGGGGAGCUACCAACUCCACUACAUGCAAGUGGGGUAUUGCUGGGAGAAGGCCGAAGCAGUGAGAUGGAUAUUUCUGACCUUGGCUCCCGAAACUACAGUGCCCGUACGGACUUCUACUGCCUUGUGUCUGAGGAAGAUGUGUAGCUCUCACCCUGGCCUGGGGUGCAGGGUCAGGGGGCAGCUGCAGAGCAGGGCAGGGCAGGGCAGGGGAGGAAGGUUUCCUUCUGAAAGACCACAACCCCUGUCUGUAGGUCUGGGCCCCUCAGGGAAGGUGUGGCCCCUGGGUGCCACAUAAUAAAGCCUUUUUGGCUCUUG